AGUUUCUGGGGAAAUAUUUGAAGGUUGCACGUUUAAACAACCCGCUGCACUCUUUCAACAUAAGAAACAGCUGAUGCACAAGUACAAGUUAUAUGGGUAAAUGAUUUCCAUAUACGCUGUUGUAGUAUAUAGAGUAAGACUGAAUCAUUGAAAUGCUUAUUAAUAUAUAAAAUAGAGCUGUUAUGACUUUGCGGUCUAGAGCCGCUAUUAAUUCUUUUGUCAUGUGAUCUUAUUUGACGGUCACUGGUAAUUAAAUAUUAUAAAACAUCAUAAUGGAUUUGGCACACAUUCUCCAAGAGAUGAAAAUCGGAGAUACACCGGAUCCGUGCUCCGUGCUCACUGCUUUGAACCGCGUUCGUGAGCGGGUCGAGGUGGAAGAAGACGCCGGGAGACUCAAGCGCGUCCUGGAGGAGACCGCAGAGCUGCUCUCGCUCGCUCCGCUCGACCGGCUCUUUCCUGAAGUGAACGCUGACUUACGAGCUCAGUAUUUGGGCUUAAUAAACUCGUUCAUCCGUUACGCUGCCCUGCCAAUUUGUGACACAGACAGCGGCACUUUACCUGCCAAAAGUUACGAGGACAUACCGGACAAAGCUCAGACUGUUAGUGCCGUGUUACUUGCGCUGUCUGUGCAACUUCAGAAAGCCCUGGAAGAAAACCGUCAAGCUAUCAGGUCUCUAGUUCGCACACUAGUCCCUACCUUCUGUAUAUUCUCCUUUACACACCUGCAGGAGCAGCCUUGGACCAACGCAGUCUCCAGAAAAAGCGCUCGGGAACUCUUAACAUUAACUGUGGGAUUGACAGACAGCAGGUCAGUGCAGGAACUGCUGUCUGGAAAAGCUGAUGAGGACCAGAAAGGAUUUCUGGGACCAGUUCUUGACACCCUGCAGCCAAACUUAACCAAGGAGAACUGGAAGCGCAACCAGGCAGUGAAGCAUGUGUUCUCCUGGAUGCUGGUGCAGGUUGGGCGACCCUGGCUAACUGAGUAUUUGGAGAAAGUGUUUCCUACAUCUCUGCUGAUAUCUGAUGAUUAUCGCACGGAAAACAAAGUACUGGGUGUGCACUGCCUGCAUCACAUUGUUCUCAAUGUGCCAGCUGCUGAUCUGAGGCAGUUCAACAGAGCUCAGGUGCUCUAUCAUGCUCUCUUCAAUCACUUACACACAUCUGAGGCUGCGCUCAUACAGGUUGUUCUGCCCUGCCUUCUAGACUUGUUGUCAGUCCUUGAGAAACCUCCAGCCCACUCAGGUUUACCGCGCAAACCAAAUCGCUUUGACGAUGUGCUCCGGCACAUAUUGACAUACAUGGAAAUGGAACACAAGCUUGACCUUCGCCGUGUAUAUGCCAAAAAUCUUGUCUUGUUUAUUGAGAGGAUGGAUAUAGUAAUCAUUCGUCACUUGAAAAGGCUGGAGAGGGUGAUUGUGGGAUACUUGGAGGUCUCCGACGCUCCAGAGGAGAAAGCCAGACUGAGUAUCCUGGAUGCUCUGCAAAAAACUCUUCAGAUUGCUUGGCCACGUAUGGAGAGGAGGAUGGGUUCACUAGCUCAAAGUCUCCUGAGGUUUCUGGUUGACGUUUCAUCAGAGUCAUUACCUACUGAGCUGAAAGAGCAGCUCAUAACCCAAGCGUCCCACUGUUUACUGCUGCUCGACCACUGCUCAAAGGGAAAACUACAGAUUCUUUUGAGAGAGCUGGACAGCAGUUGUGUCUCUGAACCUGUGUUGAAGUGUAUCCAGAAAGUCACUGCUGCCCCACUGUGUCAGUAAACCGUCAGAGAAUUUGGAGGUGACGUUGGCUCAGUAGAAUCUGAUUCAAUUGUCCGUUUUGUGUGUGUGUGGGCUAUCCUGGGCAACUGGCAUUUUGUGGUCUAUUUUUACAAAAAUAAAAAUGAUACAACCUGAAA